UUAUUUUCCCAUGUACCUCAAGGUACCCACCUCCCUGAGGUACCUACCUCCCUACGGCACUUUUCCAUUUCUUGCAACUGGAGUCGCCGAAUGAUUUUCUGCCGAGAGUGAUGAGAAACCUGCUGCCUCGCAACUGAGGCGGCGACACAUCUCCGGUUCCUGACCGGCGAAUAUUUGACGAACUUGGUUCAUGCCUCUUUUUUCAUCAUGUUCCGCCCUAGAUUCAGUCGCCCACCCCCGCCCAGCGGCAAAUAAACCCUUUGCUUUAAUGGGUUCCUCCCAAUCGACCGCCGGCCUUGCCACCAGCACUCACGAUAGGACCGAACGAACCGGCAGCCCCCCUAUUUCGAUCACCGAAGGCUACGCCGAAAAGCUCAACCUCCCGGUCUGCUUCAGGCCCCGCGCAGGCGCUGCCGUUCAUGGCUUCCCUAGCACAGCAGGCGUGUAUACACUUUCUUGCUCAGGCAUGGAGCUUGUCUUUCUCGGCCUUGACCAGUUUGAGACCGCCCUACCAUCGUGCGGGCCGGCCGAGGACGAUGCACAUUUGCGCCAAAAUGCGACUCCUCGGGGCCGAAUAGUGGCCAAGCUUGGACGCCUACGACACGACAUGGUGGCACGACUUCCUCCAGCGAGAACAAGGCCCGGUCGAGUCAGUACGCUUCAUUGGAGCUACGUCCCAGGGUGGCUUUUGGGCUCUAGAGACAUGAGAGGACGAUAGUUCCAGCAGGCAACUGGGAAGAAUAAACAACGCCAGGGACAUGGAGAAAGAGUGCAGGCAGAUCGAGAGGUUC